AUGUUUCGACUCAGUAGCAUCACCAAAAGAACCCUUCAUGGCAUUCCAAGAACUUCGUUAACAGCCGGCCUACGACCAACUCUCUUUCCAGCAGUUUCCCAAAUUUCCCGUAAUUUUGCAUCAUUUCAACGUAAUGCCAUUGAACAAACUAAUAAUCCUAAAACGCCACCACCUUCAAGUCAUGUCAUUGAACAUCCGAUAACGCCACCGCCCUCAAAGAUUCCAAAACAUAAAGCGCCAACGAUACUUGAUAACACGGCAAAUUUAUUUUUAAUAACUGAAAUUUUAAGAGGCAUGUGGUUGGUUCUUGAACAAUUUUUUAGACCCCCUUAUACUAUUUUUUAUCCUUAUGAAAAAGGCGCAUUGAGUCCUCGGUUUAGAGGGGAACAUGCAUUGAGAAGAUAUCCUACAGUUUGUCCUGCGCUUGCAAUUACUAUUGAAGCUGAAGUUAGAGAAGAUGGAAGUCGUCGUACAACCCGAUAUGACAUUGACAUGACAAAGUGCAUUUAUUGUGGAUUUUGUCAGGAAGCAUGCCCUGUUGAUGCAAUUGUGGAAGGACCUAAUUUCGAAUAUGCUACAGAGACACAUGAAGAAUUAUUAUAUAAUAAGGAGAAAUUACUAGCAAAUGGUGAUAAAUGGGAACCUGAGAUUGCUAAAAAUCUAGAAGCUAAUCAAUAUUAUACUUGA